AUGAAUCCCGCUGUAUCAAACCUUAUUCUCAUGCUUGUCGGUAUGCAGGUCUCCAAGAGACUCGACUUUGAAGACCCAUCCACUCUCUUCUACGUUAGAGUGGCCUUCAUUACAGGCCAACUGCUCACUCUUGCCAUCUACCUCUACGUGAGGUACUCCAUCACCUCCAAGAACGACCUCACCACCCUCAAGUACUUGGAGCCAGCGAACAAGAUGGCGGGCGAAACCGAAGAAAAACUCGUUACUACAACAGUGAAGGACUACGACUUGAAACAGGUUGAUGCGGCAAUCAAAUCGGUCUUCACCGGUUUGGCAAUGACUGGAUUUAUGCACCUCUACAUGAAGUUUGCAAACCCAUUGGUCAUGCAGUCCAUCUCUCCUGUCAAGGGAGCUUUGGAAUCAAACAUUGUUAAGAUCCACCUCUUUGGCAAACCAGCAUCAGGUGAUUUGAAGAGACCUUUCAAGGCUGCACCUUCCUUCUUAUCUGGCUUGACUGGUGGUAACGUCAAAACCGACAAAUCUUCUAUCGAAAAGGCUGAAACUGCAGGUACUGGUGGAGUCAAGGAAGAUUAG